AUGGUGCUACGAAUGGUGAGACUCACUGACGAUGCCGGCUACGAUGCCUGCGAAACCUUUGGGAAUGUCGAUCGGCUAAACGAUGCCCGCUUCCAGUGCCCCGUCCUGUAUAGCACCUUGCAAAUUCCCCGACCUCCUGUGCCUCGGCGCCAAAUCGCCGCCCUUUCUGGCCCUGGAUCCUGGCUACUCUGUGGAAAGGAAGGAUACGCAGGUGAAUCCAGCAAUAUUUGUCACCGGAGCAGAUGUAUUCGAGGUGUCACUACUUCUAACUUACCUUUACCUAAUGUUUCUGGUAGCGGCUCAACUCCUACAGAAUCUGGAGCAGAUAACCUGCUUGAUGCAGAUGACGACGCAUCAACAGAUAGACGGCCCUAUGUUUACAUGAACUGUGGUCAUGUUCACGGGUUACAUCCCUGGCAGGCAUCUGGCGACACGUAA